CCCACUUGUUUUUAGAUUCCUAGGAGACUUCGUUUAGGGUUUUCCACAUAAUGUCUCCUCAUUCCCUGUUGUUGGUGCCUGUUCCCAACUUUCUUUUUUAAAAAUAUUUGUACUUUCUGAUACUGCAGUGACCGGUUACGAAUAUUUCAUGUGUUUUCUUCCUGAAUUAAUGUACUGUUGAAGAUGACCAUCAAGCAGAAAAAAACCAUUCAAAAUUUUUCACAACAGAAGAAAGUUUUGGUUUUUGAUGAAAAGAACGGCGAAUUGAGUGAAACUGCAGACAUAGAGUUGCCUCAAGAGUGCAAUGUGCAUCAGAAGUUGCGGAAGACAUUGUGGCACGCUGCUUCUCAUCAACAGCAAGUAACUAAGCCAAGCCAAAAUGUUGAACAAUCUACACAGAGAGGAAAAGUGGAGGGCAAAGGAAAUUGUUCAAUUGAAGAAACACAACUAGAUAAAGAGCAUGUCAAUUUGGAAAGCAGGAAUGAUGGAAGUAAUGAUCAAUUGUUGAUUCUUGCUAAUUCUGCUGCACUCAUGUUGGAAUCUGACGGCUUAUAUGGGAAAGAUCAAAACCUUGAAGGGUUGCCCAUUACUCCAAUGGCUCAGCAUUCAUCAGGGAGUGUAAGCCAUGCCACAAUUACAGAUCAUAAGUCUCCUGGGGAAGUAAUUGAAGGCACACCUGUAAUGAAUUAUGUAAGAACUGAAGAGGAUGAAGUCCACUGGUGUGGAAGAACUCCAAGAUUGAGUCAAAUUCGACGUCAAGCUCGAUCAAGAAGCAAUUUAUUGGUGCAGCAAGGGAUGGAGGAGUCUGCAGUUGAGAAUUUGCAAGGAAGGAGAGUGCGGCUGAAUCAUAUUCGACAUCAAGCUCAGUUCAAAUAUCAUUCACAGCUGCAGACAGGUGGAGAUUCAAAAGGAAGAAUAGUUCGUUUGAGUGAAUUGCGGCGCCAGGCUCGAACAAAAGGUAACUCAUUAGUGCAAGAAGCAAUUGAAGAUCAAAUGUAUGGGCAUACGGGUUGCCAAAUCUCUGAAGAUAAUCAGAAAAAGAGGGUAAUUGCUGAUAUAUUUGGAGAAGAAGAUGUGUCCAAAGGCUUUGAAGAUGUAGAUUGUCAUCCACAAGACGUUGAAAGUAUGCAUGAAUACAACCUAAGAGAUGGAGUAAAUCAAUCUGUGCCUGAGAGCGAGGAAGAUCAGGACAAGAUGAUCUGUGUCAGAGGAAGAAUGAGAUUGAGUCAAUUAAGACGUGAAGCUCGUCUAGGGAAUACUGGCACCUUGGAUACAGAAUGUAAUUGCACCAAGACUUUUAAAGGUUAAGAGUUGAAGCCACUAUCAUGUUUCACGAAGUUGAGCAAUGGAAGUAGAAGCCAUAAGGGACACAUUCAGCCCUUGUUAAAUAUUUUGACACAGUUUACAGGAUGAGUUUUGAUAUGUCAAAGAUAGAAAAAUGCUACUGAGAAUUUCUCUGUCACAUCACACUCGCACAAAUGCGAAAAGAUAGAUAGUCAGAUAUCUCACACUUGUAGAUCGGCAAUCAAUGUAAUUAUUUUAUUUAUUUCUCCAUUAAGUUUCUUCUCUACCUUCUGCUAUCUAUACAGUUUUUAAGAUUAUCUGCACAGAAAAUGUGCAGAAACUGCUAUAUCCUGGAAAUCAGAAGUUAUAAUGAAGAUAUACAGUAUUUUGUA